AUGAUCACGGAGCGCGCCACCGUCUGUGGCCACCAGGUCGCGGUGCUGCGCCGCGAUCCCGACGCUGACGAUGGCGUCGACCCGUGCUUUUUUGAGGCCGACUUCACCGUCGCCGCGUCGACAGCGCGGCUCAUCUGGGAGGGGUCGUGGGCGCUCGUGGAGCUGCUGCGGCGCGAGCGCGACUCGUGGCUCCGAGAGCUCGUGCGAGGCCGCCGAGUGCUCGAGCUCGGCGCCGGCACCGGCAUGCUCGGCCUGGCGGCCGCCGCCGCAGGCGGGCAUGUGCUCAUGACGGACGUCGCUUCGAUGACGGAGGAGUCGCUCGCCCCCAAUGUGCGUGCGAACGUGGCCGCGGGCGGCGGCUGUCCGAGCUGGACCGGCUCGGACAGCGCGGUUAGCAGCGGCUCCGCCGCCGCCCAGGCGCUCGACUGGCUGCUUCCUCUCGAGGCGCAGCGCCAUCCGGUCGACGUCUUUGCGGCGGAGAUCGUGCUUGCGGCCGAGUGCGCGUGGCUGGAGGAGCUCGUCGACCCGUUCGUCGCCACGCUCGCGGCCCUCCUCGCGCCGCGCCGCGCGUCGGUCUGCAUCUUUGCCUUCCGGGAGCGCGCGCGCGCCUCGUCCACCUGCUUUGUGAGCGGCGAGGAGGUGCUGCGCCGGCUUGGGAGGGCAGGGUGCGACGUGCGGCGGAGGGAGGCCGUGGCGGGGAGGCCCGGCAUGGAGGAGGCUGCGGGCGGCAACACGACGCAGAUCUUUGAGGUGCGCCGGCGAGGGGCGGGGGCGGACGCCUGCCGGUAG